AUGAGCGACCUCCGAAUUCACGUGAAUUGUGUUCACUUAAAUCAGCGCCCCUAUACGUGUGAGCAGUGUGAUAAACCGUUUUCCGAAAAGAGCAAUUUGCAGAGGCAUAUCCGAUCUGUUCAUUGGAAUCAGCGCCCCCAUGCAUGUGAAUGUUGCGGUAAAUCAUUUAUUGACAAAGGCGACCUACGAAGACACGUCGUAUCUGUCCAUUCCGAACAACGAGCUCACACAUGUGAACACUGUGGGAAAUCAUACACCAGAAUCGAUAUUCUCCGAACUCAUUUGAAGUCUGUUCAUCAAGAGCCUAUCCAGCUUGCGAUGGAUUUUGCAACAACGCUCAGCUGGGUCCACAGAUGGGAGAACCUUUGA